UUUUAGGCCUCUGCAGGUGUGAUACACCCUGAAAAUAUUGUCCAACCCGUUUACUGUGGUACUACUCUCGGCUGGAGAAAGAAUAUUGUUGGUGCAGCCCGGCAUCCAAAGAUACAGGACAACGUCAGGAAACCAGGUUAAGUGUGUGUGUGUGUCAGAUGGAGAAGAGGAACGUUCAGCGUUACUCUGGGACAACAAGGCGGAGGCGGUGGUGGGGUCUGAGGAGGCGCUGGAGAAUGUUAGGCCUGUUUGAAAUCAACCAGGAACAUGAGUUCUACAGCUUCACCUGUCUUAUGAAAGAGGGGCUGCAUGCUGCCUUACAGACCAGCAUCGACACACCAGGACCUGAUGAACUUUCUGCUGAAUAUUACAAAUCGGAGCAGACUCAAGUCCACAAGGACUAUGAGAUGCAGACAUUUGCAGGACUGGUGUUUUCCAGUUUGCGGUACUCCCUGGACAUAAAUGAGGAGGAGUACAAGAGAUCCCUCUCUUCAGACAGCUGCUAUCUACAGUUCAUGAGCAACUCCAAGAGCAAGGCUGACUUCUUCCUCACGAAUGACAAGAGGUUUUUCCUAAAGACACAGAAUAAGCAGGAGGUGAAGUUUCUUCUUUCCAACCUGAUGGCAUAUAUGGAUCACUUGGAGAAAUACCCCCACUCGUUGUUGGUCAGGUUCCUGGGUCUCCAUAGUAUCCAAGUACCAAAUGAAACAAAGAAGUAUUUCAUUGUGAUGCAGAGUGUGUUUUACCCGGACGAGAGGAUUGAUACAAGAUAUGACAUUAAGGGCUGUGAGGUGGGUAGGUGGACUGACCCUGCAUCUACUGGAAGCCCAGUAAAGAUUCUGAAGGAUAACAACUUUGAAGGAAAGCACAUCAUUCUGGAUCAGAAGAGCUCCUGGCUUGUGGAUCAGGUUGAAAUAGACACAGCUUUCCUCCGUAGCCUCAAUGUGCUUGACUACAGCAUUCUGCUGGCCCAUCAACCCUUGCACAAAGAUGAGCUGGACGGGAAGCACUCCUUUAGUAGCCUUAUUGUGCGCACUGAAAAGUCCAUGGCCCAAGACAGUCCCACAGAGGAAGAUCAUCCCACUAUUCCAUUUUUGGGGGGAGACUCUUUUCGACUGGCAUCAGAUACAAUAGACAGUGGGCCAGACCACGUCCAGGACACAGGGGAGCACUCUGGCCAUUCAAUCCACUGCCAGGAGAUAAACCUGCCCUCUGUAAACCGUACAGAUGCAGGACUCCAUGAGUUCCAUGCUCAUCACCGUAGGCUGCUGCCUAAUUUCAAGAACUCCGUGCAUGUCAUAGAUGGGCCAGAGCUGCGCUACUUUGUGGGUAUUGUAGACAUUUUUACUGUGUACGGUUUGAAGAAAAGGCUGGAGAACCUGUGGAAGAGUGUGCGCUUCCCUGGCAGAGCCUUCUCCACUGUCAGCCCAGCUACCUACUCCCAGAGGUUGUGCCGGUGGGUAAAGGACCACACCAAGUAAAACGGGGACACUGUGUCUCUAGAAAUGCAUCUAGCCAUCUAUCUAGAUAAUCUGGGCAUUUUCCCCCCCUGUUUUUGUAGGUAACAGUAUGAACAAUAGGUGGCACCACAGCUUAUGUUGUAGUGGUGGUAGCCUAUUUCAAAAUACAGAUACAACACACACAAUUUAAUUAAGCAAUAAGGCAUACGCGGAGUGCCUGGAUACAGCUCUUAUAUUGGCCAUAUACCACAAGCCCCCAGGGUGCCUUAUUGCUAUUUGAAACUGGUUACCAACGUAAUUAGAGCAGUAAAAAGAAAAGUGUUGUCAUACCCAUUGUAUGUCAGCCAUUCAGUAUUCAGGGCUCAAACCAUCCAGUUUAUACUUGUUAUUAAAUUUGUUCAUAUUA